AUGCUCUCUUUCCUCCUCCUUCUCGCGCCCCUUGUGGCAGCCCACGGCCACGUCGACAAGGUCGUUGCCGACGGCAAGGAAUACCAGGGCUGGAACGCUGCUCUCAAGUACCAGACCCCCAUUCCCGCCACCGUAGGAUGGCAAGCCGACAACCUUGACAACGGUUUCGUCUCCCCUGACAGCUUUGGCACUGCCGCCAUCGUUUGCCACAAGCAGGGCAAGAGCAACGGUGCCUACGUUACCGUCAAGCCCGGUAGCAAGGUCACCUUCAAGUGGGACACAUGGCCAGUCAGCCACGUUGGCCCCAUCCAGGAGUACAUUGCGCCCUGCAACGGCGACUGCGGCUCUGUCAGCCCCUCUGACCUGAAGUGGACCAAGAUCCAGUCCAGCGCCUGGAAGUCAGGAAGCAACCCAGGAAAGUGGGCUACUGACGACCUCAUCGCCAACAACUUCGCCUGGGAUCUCACCUUCCCCAACGUCGCUCCUGGCAACUACGUUGUCCGCCACGAGAUCAUCGCUCUGCACGCUGCUGGCCAGACCAACGGCGCCCAGGCGUACCCCCAGUGCGUCAACUUCAAGGUUGAGGGCUCUGGAACUGCUAAGCCCAGCGGCGGUGUUGCUGGUACUAGCUUGUACAAGGCCGACGAUGCUGGUAUCAAGUUCAACGUUUUCCAGUCCUUCACCAGCUACCCCGUCCCCGGCCCUGCUGUCAACAAGCUCGCCAAGCGCCACCCCAAGGACCUCGAGUACUAG